GAGAAAUUUGAGAGCGCUAUCAUCUGGGAAGAUAAAAUUUUGUUUGCUUACUAAUGUAAAGACAUACGCAGGCCAGCCGAAGUUAAGACGGGCUGCAAACAUGUUAGAGAUGAGGUGGGUUUUUCUGGCUGUCGCUCUCUUCGGAGCUUUCGCAGCUUCCGAAGACAUAGAUACGGAAGACUUCCAGUGCUCCGAAUUAUACGACUACGAUGCUUCUACGAAAGGAACAUUAUCGAGCCCGUUCUACGGAAAGAGACCCGUCUACCAUAAUGGGUUAUGGUGUGAGUAUAGAUUAAGAGCACCAGACGGUUACAUAAUUAAGCUCACCUUCAAGGACUUGGACAUCGAUCCUUCAACUAGCUGUACCCAAGAUAGGCUGAUAGUAUACGGCAAGGACGAGUCGAGUAUUUUGGCUCAGCUCUGCGGAUCUCAGCUGCCUCCACCUAUCCUGUCCAAUUUUGGGGAAAGCGAAAUUCGAUUUUUGUUCGAGACGGAUUAUAUGAAGGGAGGAAGAGGUUUCCUUAUAGAAUACGAAAGCUCUCCUUACAUGAAACUCUGUGAUUCCGGCUACUAUGAAUGUAAUAACCGCAAAUGUUACGAUCCCAAAAAGAAAUGCAAUGGUGUGGAUGAUUGUGGUGAUGGAACUGACGAGGAAGACUGUGAUUUUCCUAUAGUUAAGUUUCCAAAGGAGUGUGGAAAUCCGCCCAUCAAACCGAAAACGAUCUGGAAUUCGCCAGAUAGUUCUCCGAUCGUAUCGUAGGGGUGAACCAGUGAUCCCUACAGCUGGCCAUGGCAAGUAUCUCUUCAAGAUGCAUACAGCGAACCUAAUGGUCAUUUCUGUGGAGGUGCUCUCAUAAACGCGCAGUGGAUUGUAACAGCCACACAUUGUGUCGUAGGGAGGCCUUACCCCGGCUUAAUCAAAAUUCAUCUCGGAGCUCACAGCAAAUAUAAUAGAACUCAAUAUGAGCAAGUGAGAAUAUCCGAGAAAAUAAUUGCAUACCCUGAUCUCCAAUUUCAAGAUAUCAGGAGAUAUUCUUCUAAAGACGAUGUCAGUCUUAUCAAGUUGAACGCCCCCGUUACCUUUAACGAUGGAGUACAGCCAGCUUGCUUGCCGACGCUUGGCUGGAAAUUGCAACCUGGUACUGUUUGCUACGUCACAGGUUGGGGGCAGAGUAGAGGAUCUGGUGGAGCAGAGUUCUUGAAGCAGUCCGAUCAAAUGGUGCAGGCUAGAGAAAACUGCAGGGUUAACGAGAAUACUCAAAUAUGUGUGGCGAAGUAUCAAAGUUCACCUUGCCAUGGUGACAGCGGUGGACCUCUUUCAUGCCCAGUCGGAGGAAAAUGGUACGUGUUUGGAGCUGCCAGCUCGGUCACGACGUCUAACUUCAUGACUGGUUUGUGUACGGGCCCAGGUGCUAAAACCAUAUAUGCAAACAUUGCUGAUAAGGCAGAAUGGAUAAGAACCAUGAUUGAUAGAUACAGCUGAAAAUGAAUGUUCCUGGUGCUUUGUAUAGGAUUAUUAUCAAUGAUAAGCAACGAACUUCAGCAAUAAAAUCUUAGGGCGACUUCA